UCCUUGCAGGUGGGGGAAGAGGUUCAAGCAUUGUGGAAGAUUGCAGGGCCCAUCGGGAUGACAACCUUGCUUAUAUACUCGAGAUCCGUUAUUUCCAUGCUGUUCUUGGGCCGUCUCGGAACAACAGAACUAGCUGGGGGAACACUGGCGAUUGGUUUUUUGAAUAUCACAGGCAAUUCAAUCCUCAGGGGCCUAUCCAUGGGGAUGGACCCCAUCUGUUGCCAAGCCUAUGGAGCCAAAAGAUACUCAGUUCUCAGCCAAACCUUUCAGAAAACACUAUGUCUCCUCCUACUCGUUUCCAUAUCCAUCUCAAUCAUAUGGCUUAACGCUGACCCCAUCUUUCGUUGGUUGGGUCAGGACCCAAACAUCACAAAGGUUGCUAAGGUUUACUUGGUUUUCUCCAUUCCUGAAUUGCUAGCUCAAGCUCACCUCCACCCAUUAAGGAUCUUCUUAAGAACCCAGGGCUUAACCACCCCACUAACAAUAGCAGCCACUUUUGCAGCCCUCCUUCACCUUCCUAUUAACUACUUCCUCACUACAUAUUUGAAAUUAGGUGUCAAGGGUAUUGCACUGGCUGUUGCUUUUAAUACUCUCAACUUAAACUUGGGCUUGAUUAUCUAUCUUAUGGUCUCCAAAAGACCACUAAAACCUUGGAAUGGAGCUACAUUUACCUCUGCCUUUCGAGGCUGGGGGCCAUUGCUAAGUUUAGCACUUCCUAGCGCUGCUUCAGUGUGCUUGGAGUGGUGGUGGUAUGAAAUAAUGCUGUUUCUGUGUGGAUUAUUGAGCGAUCCACAGGCAAGUUUAGCUGCAAUGGGCAUCCUCAUUCAAACAACAGGCUUGCUAUAUGUGGUUCCAAUCUCUUUAAGCAGUGGCAUAGCAACACGCGUCGGCCACGCUUUGGGGGCUGGUCAACCAUCCCUGGCCCAAUGGGCAGCCAUUAUUGGACUUAUCGUGGCCUUUGCUUUUGGACUCUCGGCCCUCAUUUUCAUGAAUGCAGUGAGAUCUGUGUGGGGAAAGUUGUUCACAGAUGAGUCUCAGAUUCUUGAUCUGGUUUCAAUUGCACUUCCAAUAUUGGGUUUAUGCGAACUCGGCAACUCACCACAAACCGCUGCGUGUGGGGUCUUAACCGGUACAGCACGUCCUAAGCUGGGCGCCCGGAUAAACUUGUUUGCAUUUUACGUCGUUGGAUUGCCAAUGGUUAUUCUGACUUGUUUCGUGUGCAAGGUUGGGUUUCUAGGUCUAUGGUUGGGGCUACUGUCAGCACAGUUUUCUUGUUUGUUUAUGAUGGGAUACGCAUUGAUCCGUACAGAUUGGAGGCACCAAACUAAAAGAGCUGAGGAGCUGACUCUUGCUGCAGAUCAAGAGGCGCCAGAGAGGGAUGAUUUGGAAAGCGUCCUACUAAUUACCACUGAUCUCUGAGUUAUAAAAACCAGUUUUAAGUCCGUCCGUACUACAUGAAGACAUUAAUUCUUGGCAAGAGUACACGCGAAGGAUUAUAAAUGACGAAACUCAUCGUUACAUGCAUUAAUGAUCUUAACUUGAGGUGGAACAGAAGUGAGAAAGUUAAAAAUUGGGCCAUCUGAUCAUGAGCUGGUGGAUCAUGAUCAUCAAAUGCAUUUUUAAUCAGUUCGGUGCAUGUCCGUCGACUAGGAGUAUAUUCUUUAAUUGCUU